CCAUUAGAUGUUCCUAUCACGCUAUGAACCCUUGGAAAGGUAACGUGAUUGGCUACAACUGGCAUGAUUGGCGUGUUGAAAGCCAAUAAGAGAUGUUUCUCAGAUGGUCGCGCAGAGAGAUGACGCAGCGUAUUGGCGCUCCACAGUGGGACCGCUUGCUGGACGUCGGGGGCUGUCCCGAGGUGAAACCUAAGGCGGGGAUAGUUUGAUUGUGUAGACAGCAACAUGAAGAAAACAAACAUACCCAGCAACGCGGUGCAGGGCGAGGAGACGGAACGAGGUCCGCACAUGAAGUUAGCAGCUAGUUAGCACGGACUCUACAGGACAAUACUCCCAACCUGGAUGAAUUCUUUACACCUGGGGACACUUCUGGACUACAGGAAUAUUAACAAGCCAGGAAAGGACGGGGGGGGUGAAGGUUUAGGAGCGCCUACAGGCACCUUCAGCAGUCGGCAAGCUGGGGACCAGAGCAGGAAAGAAGGGCAAGUAGGAGAUGGAAGAGGAAGAAGAGGAGUAUGUGGUUGAGAAGGUUUUGGACCGCAGAGUGGUGAAGGGAAGAGUAGAGUUUCUGCUGAAAUGGAAGGGCUUCUCAGAUGAGGAUAACACAUGGGAGCCACAAGACAACCUGGACCUCGACCUUAUCACUGAGUACAUGCAGAAACACAAGGAGACGGAGUGGAAGAAGAAGGAGGGCAAGAGGAAAGGUGUUAGGGAGGAGGAGAAACGGAGAGGAAGAGGAGUCAAACAUCAACUCUGUCAGGACUGUGACAGAAACUGUGGGGAAACAUUUUCUCAGAGUGGUAACCUUAAAGCUCACCAGCGCAUUCACACUGGAGAGAAGCCAUACAGCUGUGAACAAUGUGGGGAAACAUUUUCUCAUAGUGGUGGCCUUGAAUCUCACCAACGCAUUCACACUGGAGAGAAGCCGUACAGCUGUGAACAAUGUGGGAAAACAUUUUCUCAGAGUGGUAACCUUAAAGCUCACCAGCGCAUUCACACUGGAGAGAAGCCGUACAGCUGUGAACAAUGUGGGGAAACCUUUUCUCAGAGUGGUAACCUUAAAGCUCACCAGCGCAUUCACACUGGAGAGAAGCCGUACAGCUGUGAACAAUGUGGGAAAACAUUUUCUCAGGGUGGUAACCUUAAAGCUCACCAGCGCAUUCACACUGGAGAGAAGCCGUACAGCUGUGAACAAUGUGGGAAAAACUUUUCUCAGAGUGGUCACCUUAAAUCUCACCAGCGCAUUCACACUGCCUUGUUGUGAACAUGUUUCAGAUCUAAGCUGUUUCCUUCUUCUCAUGUCCUAAUAGCUGUGUUGUUAUAUUCUGAUCUUCUCUCCACAUUGAAGGCGGACCAGCAGUAACUCUAUCUUCUGAACAGCAUGUAUGUUGUCCUGGCUACGACUACAUAGUACGCUCCUUCCCUUUGAAGGGGUAGUCCUGUCAUUCAUGUAGAUAGUUUUAACACUCUGCUUUGAACCGUAGCGGAC